AUGUACAACAUAGAGUAUGAUGAAGCUGGGAAACAAAGGAAGCUACAAAUUAAUGAGCUAGAGGAAAUACAUAAUGGUGCUUAUGAGAGCUCUCGUAUAUACAAGGAAAAGACAAAGUUAUUUCACGAAAAAAUGAUUUCUCGAAAAAGUUUUGUUGUGGGGCAGAAAGUUCUUUUAUUUGAUUAUCGUCUUAAGUUAUUUCCUGGCAAGCUAAGGUCCCAAUGGGUGGGACCAUUUGUUGUUACUAUUGUUUUCCCUCAUGAUGCAGUUGAAAUCUCUAGUCCCAAAACUGGGAAAAUUUUCAAGAUAAACGGCCAUAGAUUGAAGCCAUACUACGAGAACUUCACUACAAUGGAUGUUGAUGAGAUUGAGCUAUGUGAUUUGCUUUCUCUGGAGGAGUAA